AUGCUGGAACGUGAACGGAAUACGCUGAAGAAGGAAGCAGCCAAACCAUUGCAGGCUCUGAAGCAGAAAUGGCCGUUCAAGUUAUUCAAGGACCGUAAGAACAGACGGAAUCGACAGUCUUCUCAUUCAUAUACUGAUCAUCCAGUAAAUGGUCUUGACUCCAAUACAGCAUCAGAUUCUCUUGAUCAGAGCAUGGAUGAUGAUGAGAGCGACGAAAACGAUGCUGAAUGUCCGUCUGAUGCAUUCAGUCAGUCAAGGAAAACACAGGAAUCUCCUAGCCAGCAGCCAGCAGCGUCUAGCAGUAGCAACUCGUUUGUUGAAAUUCGGCCCAUUCAGUCUACUAUUGAAAAUGAAACCAAGAAAUCGCCACUUGGUGCAAGCAAGAGUCGAGUAGCGUUUAAUAUUAAUACUCCUGGUAGAAAUAGUCCCGACUUGAAUGGAGUGACAUUGUCACAUUCUCCCGAGCAGAUUGUAGCCAAUUCAUACGAUGAUACGGAUGAACAAGAGUCGGAAACCAGUCUACUUUUACCCAAAUCACUUGCAUCGACUCCAGCCAGUUCUCCGCAGCGCCAAGCAAGAUUGAAAUUGCUGCGAAAUAAGCGCUCUUAUCCAGUCGCAUCUGCCAACAGACACUCUUGGUCACCACUUGCAUUUGCAUCAACAAGUUUCGGAAGAAAUAGUCAGUCAUCCUCAUUGACCGCAUCACCAUUAUCAGAUACAGUACAUUCUCGACUUCAACAUCCUGAUCUGAAUGGUAGUUCCCCCCUUAAUCAUGAAUUUCUUCAUCGUCGCUCGUGGGCGGGUGGUGAUGUUCAACCAAUGGAUACCACAGUGGGUUUACCUGGCAUUUUUGGUCAUCAUCGACCCAAAUGGAUGCGACUUCCUCAUCAACGUACUGGUGUUUAUGAUGAAGUCGGCGAUGCAACCAACAGUGGCAUGAGAGUUUGGUACGAUGAUUACACUACUAUUGAUUGGAUUCAUGAUCAUGUCAAGGAGCGUGUACGUAUGCGUGGAUUGAGAAGCAAAAAAUCCGUUUCGGGGAGAAUGGCAAAGCGUGUUGCGUCGGGUGCGGUUGCAUCACUUGUUGAUGUAUCCUAUUCGUGGUUGAAUGACCUUCGAUAUGGGUUUUGCACAACUGGCUUUUUUUACCGACGAAACAUCUGCUGUAGUCGCGAUGCUCCCAACUGUACCGACUGGAAAGCAUGGCCAGAGUAUUUUCUUCAAUUUCAGAAUCUACCUGAAUCUACCAAUUCAUACUUGGUAGCCUACUCAAUGUAUGUUGCUCUUGCAGUUGUGUUUGCAGGUAUCUCGUCCAUGAUUGUCAUGCAAAGUGCAACGAGUCCAGUCGAUCCAGAUAUAAUUUCUCGGGAUGCACAAGAAGCAGUAUCACAGCCUACCUCUACCACUUCGAUUACCGCAAACCAUUCUGGGGUUUCUGUCGCGUUAAAUGCCAAUCAGCUGGAAAAUUCUAGUAGUCAUUCUACGCCCGUGCUGACUCAGAGCACUGCAAGAUUGGAAUAUAUGCUGGAUUUGAACGAGAAACCUGUACGUAGAGUACUAUUUCAUGCUGCUGGGAGCGGUGUGCCUGAAGUCAAAAUCAUUUUAGGCGGGUUUGUUAUCAGAGGGUAUCUUGGAGUACGCACACUGGUGUUGAAAACGCUUGGUAUUGUGUUUUCAAUUGCCUCUGGAUUGGUAGUGGGCGUACAAGGACCACUUGUGCAUAUUUCUUGUGCGUUGGGCAACGUAUUUUCAAGACUGUUUGCCAAAUAUGCCAAAAACGAGGGCAAGCGUCGCGAGCUUAUGUCAGCCGCGUGUGCUGCAGGUGUAUCUGUAGCAUUUGGUGCACCUAUUGGAGGUGUUUUGUUUUCGCUUGAGGAAGUAUCCUAUUAUUUUCCACUCAAAACAAUGUGGCGAAGUUUUUACUGUGCAUUGGUUGCGGCUGUUACACUCAAGCUGAUUAAUCCUCUUGGAACGGGAAAACUGGUCAUGUUCCAAGUCUCAUAUAACAAAGAAUGGCACCCAAUCGAGCUUAUACCAUUUCUAAUUCUUGGUAUAUUUGGGGGUCUUUUUGGAACAGUGUUUAUCAAAGCAACGACCUAUCUGGCCAAGUUUCGUGCAGCGACAUCUAUUCCCCGACACCCCGUGCUUGAGGUGUUGAUUAUAGCACUAGCAACCAAUGCUAUAAGCUACACGAUGCCAUUUACACGAAUUGGAAAUGGUGAACUGGUGGCAUUUUUAUUCAGCGAAUGUGACUCGGACACAAAGACCAGAAACUUUUUAUGUCAUUCAGAUUACCCUGCCAUUAUGUUAUCACUGUUUUUUGCUCUAGUGACAAAGCUUGUUUUGAUGAUUUUUACAUUUGGUAUCAAAGUGCCUGCUGGCUUGUUUGUUCCUUCGAUGGUUGUUGGAGCAUGUGCUGGACGUAUUCUUGGGGUAUUUGGAUUAUAUGUACAAGCAAUGUAUCCCACUUCGUGGGUGUUUUCAUUUUGUCAAGGCAGAGAAGAGUGUAUUACUCCAGGCUUGUAUGCUAUGGUUGGAGCAGCGGCAGCAAUCAGUGGAGUGACAAGAAUGACAGUUUCACUUACGAUCAUUAUGUUUGAGCUUACGGGUGGACUGACAUAUGUACUACCACUCAUGGUAAGCAUCAUGGUAGCUAAAUGGGUUGGCGACGCGUUCGGAUCUGAAUCAAUCUAUGAUGUGAUUAUCAAGCGCAGUGGGUAUCCAUAUCUAAACCAUAAGCGGACUCUUGUAAGUGAUCCAGCGUCAGCUAGGGAUAUUAUGGUGCGUGGUGGAGAUCGACUAUUUGUUGGAAAAGUGUAUGAUGUAGAGGAUGUUGAAACAAAAUUAGCCAAGCUUGAACAAACUUAUGCCUCAAAAGAUGGUGGACUUCCAGUCGUCAAGGACAAUGAAAUGCUUUUAGGAUACAUAUCGCAAACAGAGUUGGAGCAUGCACUAAUCAUGGUAAAAAACGCACCCCAGUCACCACAAAAAUUGGUGUUUCAGAACCUAGCGAUACAAUCUUUUACUGAGCAAAGUAUAGAUGCACCCACUACACCAGUACUGCAACAGCCAUUAGAUUUCGAUAUGGAUGGAUCUGUAUCGCAAGCGACUUUAGCCGCGGAUAAUGCAAACCAUAGUGAUCCAGAGAGUGGAUCGAAUGCAACGCCAGUUGAUGUAUCGCAAUGGGUAGAUCAGACACCACUGUCAGUAUCUGAACUCUCGUCAAUCGAACUGGUUGUAGAACUGUUUAUUAAACUAGGAGUGAGAACACUGUGUGUGGUGUCAGAGGGCAAAUUUGUUGGUUUGAUUCACAAGAAACGGCUGUUGAUAUUUCUAAGCAACAAGGAAGCGCAGCGGGCAGCAGCGGGCAACAGCGGGCAACAUUGA